AGCGAGGACACUACACAGCGCGCUACUGACAUGUCGAUGCUCACCAGCAUACUGGGCCGCAAGCAUCAGCCGCCGCCGCAGCAGCAGCAGCAGCAGAAGGGCGGCGGCGCGCGCACUGGCACCGGCGCCGGCGCCGGCACGGAGGCGGCGGCAGUGGAGCCGGUGAGCAUCGACAUCGCGGAGCAGGGGCCGCUAGUGGACGCCAUCACGCUGGCGGCGUUCGCGGCGCCGGCGCUAGGCCUGCCGCCGUUCGCGACGGCCAGCAUGGACUGGAAGGAGACGCCGACGGCGCACGUGUUCAUGGCGGACCUCCCCGGGCUGCGCCGCGACGAGGUGAAGGUGGAGGUGGAGGAGGAGAGGCUGCUCCGGAUCAGCGGGCAGCGGCAGCGCGCCGCCGAGGAGAAGGGCGACCGCUGGCACCGCGUCGAGCGCAGCUCCGACCGCUUCGUGCGCACCGUGCGCCUCCCGCCCAACGCCAACACCGACGGCGCGCAGGCCGCGCUCCAGGACGGCGUGCUCACCGUCACCGUGCCCAAGGACAACGACCGCAAGGCCUACGGCAGGCUCAUCACCAUCACCAAUUAAUUAAUUAUUAAUCAUAUAUAUGAUGUCAUUAUAUAUGUAAGCGGCAUGUGUAUCGUUAUCAUCACCGAAUAAAAAAAUGAUUAUGCC